AUGAAAGAACUCGUAUCAAAGCCUUUUGAAUUCACAUGUCGUCAUAACCGACAUGAAAAGCGAUACAAUCCUUAUGGUUCUUCUUCAACCCAAUGCUUUCAUUCCUUGAAACAUAGGAGAGUAGUCUCGAGAAUGCUUCUUUCCACCUCGCAACGAAGGCUCUUAAUGAUGAGGUCGGAGGAAGAAGAAGAAUUACUCCUCUACAAUUCUAGUGCCACAUCUAGUGGGACCACCCCUCACAACAACCCUCAUUUGACGACAUCUUUGAACAACAACCACUUGUCGUCCCAUGCCACUUCUUCUUCACCACCACCACCACACAUUUCAAAUAUUCCUUCUCCAAAUUAUACAUUGCAUGCGAAACUUAAAGCUCUCGUGGAUCAAUUCUUUGAAACUUUAUUAAAAACCAUGGAAACGAUACAAGGAAGAAAGGCUUUGAUCAUGUCUGCAGAUGACAGACAACGAUUACAACAAGAAUUGAUGUUAUCCACGGAUUUUGUUUCACGAGUUCUCAAUGGAAAUUCCAAUCAUCAUCCCAAUGCUGGGGGGAAUUGGUUAGAUUCUCAUUCGAUACAAGCGAGUGAAUUGGAAUCGUUUGGUUUGCCACAGAAUACAUUAUUUCAAUUCGAGAGAUUUUGGUUGUCCAGCGGGAAGGAGGUGUUUGUGAUGGUAUCCAAUGUCAUUCCAGGACAUCGAUCCAUUUACUUGGCCUCUUUCUCAAUAAUAAAUCGAUAA